UCUCCUAUCUGGCCCACAGGAGCCCGCAGUGAGCCUCAUGCCUGCCUGCUGCCCACUGCUUUCGGCUCAGAACCUGCCCGGGAUCCUGGCAAAAUAACACACUGCGCAGAGCUCACAUCCUAUUCUCGGGAAGAUUGGCUGGCAAACACCAGGUCAAGCAUGGACUAGCAUCACUUGAGAAGAGAUUCAGCAACUGAACUGCCGCAAACAGUAGCUGAGCAGCCGAGCAAUAUCUUCCUUUCUCCUUUUUUAAAAAGUGGGGGGGAAAAAUCCGUGUCCUUCCUGGAGAAGCCGUCAGGGGCACGACUCUGGCAGUGAUGGCUCUGACUUCACCUGCCUCUGCAAAUGAGUCACGGAGCGUUAUAAAAAGCAAGGACCUGCCAAGUCUCAUUUCUUGGAACUGAGUGGAAAUUUCAGCAAGCAGCUGCUCAUUCAUUAGUUUAUACUUUUCCUCUGCGGGUUUCUUGAAGAGGGCCUGGAAUCACAGAAACUUUGUAGCAUAAAGGACCUGUUGCUAUGUUGGGAUAACUGUGCCUCAGUCCUGGAAAUGGCUAUGUGUUUGGUCUAGAGCUGAUUUUGAUCUUCGCGAGGAAUCUUGGUGAAGCCUGGAAGGGGACUCGGGAACAUAAUUAAGCAGUGAUUUGUCCGGUUGGGCGGCCGCCUUCUGGGUGACUCUGGAGAGAUGCCAGCCACUUGAGCUGAAUCAAGCAGUGGCAGGGACAGCAUCUACCCGGGCUGAAGUUUUAAUCCCAGGCACGUGGCGUUUGCAUAAGUGGUCACUGAUCUUCUCCCUCAGUAAGUGACGAUAAGAAUGAAUGGACAUAUAUCAAACACCCCUCCUGGUGGAUACGGAAGUUAUUUUCCUCAAAUGAAUGGCUAUGGUUCCCCAACGUUUGCUCAGGCAGAGAGGGAGCAGAGCUCAAGAACAAGUGCAAAAGCUCUUUAUGAACAAAGAAAGAAUUAUGCACGAGACAGCGCCAGCAGCAUAUCUGAAACUUCGCAGUAUCACGUAGAGCACUUGACCACCUUUGUUCUGGACCGAAAAGAGGCAAUGAUUACAGUAGAUGAUGGAAUAAGGAAGCUGAAAUUGCUGGAUGCCAAAGGCAAAGUGUGGACUCAAGAUAUGAUUCUUCAAGUGGAUGACAAAGCUGUCAGUUUGGUGGACUUGGAAUCAAAGAAUGAACUGGAGAAUUUUCCUUUAAGCACAAUUCAGCAUUGCCAAGCUGUGAUGAAUGCGUGCAGUUACAAUUCAAUUCUUGCAUUAGUAUGUAAAGAACCAACCCAAAACAAGCCUGAUUUGCAUCUUUUCCAAUGUGAUGAGAUUAAGGCUAGCUUUAUUCAUGAAGAUAUUGAAAGUGCAAUCAGUGACAGCAAGAGUGGGAAACAAAAGAAGAGGCUUGAAACACUGAGGAUGAUAUCCAAAGCUGACAGCACCAUCCCUCCACCGCCGCAGGCACCUGCCCCUGUGCCACCGGGGACCAUCACCCAGGUGGACGUCAGAAGCCGCGUGGCAGCGUGGUCCGCGUGGGCCGCUGAGCAGGGAGACUUUGAAAAACAUAAACAAUACCACGAUCAUGAAGAAACAGCAGAGAUGAUAGCAGCCAGGAUUGACAGAGAUGUUCAAAUUCUGAACCAUAUUUUGGAUGACAUUGAGUAUUUUGUUACCAAACUUCAAAAAGCUGCUGAAGCAUUUGCUGAACUUUCGAAGAGGAAGAAAACUAAAAAAAAUAAAAAGAAAGGACCUGGAGAGGGAGUUCUUACUCUCCGUGCAAAACCACCGCCUCCAGAUGAAUUUGUUGACUGCUUCCAAAAAUUCAAGCAUGGCUUCAAUCUCCUGGCCAAAUUAAAGUUCCAUAUCCAGAAUCCUAGUGCGGCUGAAUUGGUUCAUUUUCUGUUUACCCCACUACAUAUGGUGGUGCAGACAACAGGAGGUCCAGAGCUUGCUGGUACAGUACUCAGCCCCCUCUUAACAAAAGAUACUGUAGACUUCCUGCGAUAUACUGUCACUAGUGAGGAAGGACAGUUAUGGAUGUCAUUGGGUGACACAUGGACCAAAGCCAGAGCGGAUUGGCCCAAAGACCAUUUUAUUCCACCUUAUGUCCCCCGUUUCCGAAAUGGUUGGGAGCCUCCUUUGCUGAACUUCAUGGGAGCUCCAAAGGAGCAAGAACUCAAUCAUUUGGCUGAGUCUGUGGCAAAUGUUGCAGAGCAACAGCGGAAGCAAGAAAUGAAAAGACUGUCCACUGAGCCUCCCAGUGUUCCCGACUACCCUCCGUCCGACGGGUAUGCAUUCAGUAACACGGUUUACAAAAGAGGGCCUCUGCUGGACCAGGGGGCGGCUGUUGCUGCCUUUAAGCAAACUGUUAGCCGACAUGUAGAUAGAAACUAUGAAGCACACAGUAAAGCACAGACCAAGAAAUAUGCCAAAUGCAGGUAUGAAUUUAUGGCAAGGAACAACAGUGAGCUUUCUGUCAUGAAAGAAGAGAUUGUAGAGAUUCUGGAUGACAGAAAACAGUGGUGGAAGGUUCAGAAUAAAAGUGGCAGCACAGGCUUUGUGCCAAACAACAUUUUGGAUCUUCUGAGGAAUCAAGAAGGUGGUCUAGGGUGGUCAGAGCCUGCAUAUACCCGCACGAUCCAGAAACAAAGGACGGACUAUGUUGCAAAACAACCUGAUCCGGUUCCUGCUACUCCUUCGCCCCCUCCAACACCCGCUCCUGUCCCUGUGGCUGUCCCCCUCCCUCCUUGCGCACCAGCACCUAUACCGGUUCCCAUGCCCAAAGCACCAGCAACCAUCAGCCGCCAAAGCAGCACCUCUAGCGACAGCGGUGGUAGUGUCGCACGAGACACCCAGAGGCAGAAGCAAGUUCCUGUGGAUCGCAGGAAAUCGCAGAUGGAGGAGGUGCAGGAUGAACUUGUUCACCGGCUCACCAUCGGCCGGAGCGCUGCCCAGAGGAAGUUCCACGUGCCACGACCGAACAUCCCGGUAGUUAACAUCACUUACGACUCUUCACCUGAGGAUGUGAAAGCGUGGUUGGAGUCCAAAGGAUUCAACCCUGUGACUGUCAACAGCCUUGGCGUGCUGACGGGUGCUCAGCUUUUCUCCCUCAAUAAAGAGGAACUGAGGACUGUUUGCCCAGAAGGGUCUAGGGUCUACAGCCAAAUUACGGUACAGAAAUCUGCCUUGGAGGCUAACAGUGGUAGUUCAGAACUGCAAGAAAUUAUGAGAAGACGACAAGAAAAAAUCAGUGCAGCUGCCACAGAUUCAGGUGUGGAGUCCUUUGAUGAAGGAAGCAGCCACUAAAAUGUCUUUCCUCUUUUCUUUAAUUCCAUUGUCCGUAGCAUUAUACCAUCCAGCUUUGCUUUAGGAAGCAGUGCAGGGGAAUGUCUUAUAAUAUUGUAAACGUAACUAGCCACCAUAAAGAAAAUUUACAGUAGUCUCCACAGAAGUACCUGCUGCUAGCUUCUCAUCAUUAAAAAUGAACAGAUGAGAAAUUCAAUGGAGGUUCCUGACAGGUGAAAAUAUUGGCACGUCGUUCAUUUACACCCAAAGAUGAGUCUUGGCUUUAUGGAAUUACCCAUUCCAUGACAGAGAAACUGGACCACGUCUUUGUUUGUGAUUCAUCUGAGGGAAGCUGAGCCAGCAAUAACAAAGCAUUUGAACCCUUCAGUAAUAACAAGAUUCUGAAUCCCAUCUCUUGCUGUAGUUUGCAAUUAUGUCUUUUUGGCUCAGUCUUUCUUGUCGUGCAUUCGGCUGCAGGAUGUUUAGUUAAGUCGUUGAUGCCAGCAGUCAGAGGGGAAACGUUUAGAGAACGAACAGCAGCCUGACAUAGACUGAAUCUUUCUUGCAUCACUCCCAGGAUGUUUUAUUGCUAAUGAUGCUGUUCAUAGCGAAAUAAUACGCUGUACAUUGAUUUUAUCAAUACUUCACUUGUGAUGAACUAUAAUAUUGCACAAGAAGGAACAACUAGAAAAUAGUAACGCAGCUCAGAGAGGUGACCAGAUCUCCUGUAGGUAGCCAUGAAACAAUUUGCAGUACUUUUUUUUUUUUUUUUUUUUUUUAAUAUACUUGCAUUUUUUUGUUUAUAACUUAACCCUUCAAAAGAACAGUGUAUAAUCUAGACUUCUUUGCGUGUUGACACCAGAUGUCAGUUUCUCCUUAUGUAAAAAGCUAUUGUUCCUUUAUAAAUGUAAUCUUUCAGAAAAGUGGAUUCCUGGAGGCAAAAGGGGGAGAAAAGAAAACAUCCCUUCCAGCAAAUAUUAUUUUUGAAGAUGCAAUGAUUUUUGUCACAAAAAUGUUCUCUUACUUCACAUGGUCGUGUGAUUUUAUAUAUAAUAUAUGUAUUAUAUAUAAUAUAUAAUAUCACUUAAUUUAGACAAAUUUAAUCAUCUAGUUUGAUUAAGUUUCAUAGUGCCUUUUUCACAUGAAUCAGCUUAAAGUCUGCAAUAAACAGUAUUCCUUGUCUGUUAAAUAGUUGUAUCUUUGUGGCUGCAAAGAUGGUAUUGAAAUAAGAAAGCGGUCUCAAGUUUUGCCAUUAGCUUGCUCUUCCUCUGCAUACAAGGGAAAAAAGAAUCCUAUUCAUUUUCAUAAAAGAAAAAUUAAAAAUCUUAAUAAAGGUGUUUAGUGCCA